AUGUCGCGCCAGGCCGGCCGCGGCACCGAGAGCAAGAAAAUGUAUUGGUAUUUGCCAUUCAUUUCACCUUCUGCAUCUAUGCAUCUCAUGAACUCAGAGCUCUUCACGCUGACCUAUGGUGCUCUGGUCACCCAGCUCUGCAAGGACUACGAGAAUGAUGAGGAUGUCAACAAGCAGCUCGACAAAAUGGGUUACAACAUCGGGGUUCGGCUGAUAGAGGACUUCCUGGCCCGGUCCAACGUUGGGAGGUGCCACGAUUUCCGUGAGACCGCCGAUGUCAUCGCAAAGAUAGCAUUUAAAAUGUACCUGGGCAUCACUCCAAGCAUCACCAACUGGAGUCCUGGAGGCGAUGAGUUCUCCCUGAUCCUGGAAAAUAACCCCUUGGUGGACUUUGUGGAGCUCCCUGACAACCACUCUUCUCUCAUCUAUUCCAACUUGUUGUGUGGAGUGCUGCGAGGUGCCCUGGAAAUGGUGCAGAUGGCUGUGGAUGUGAAGUUUGUCCAGGACACACUGAAGGGCGACAGCGUCACCGAGAUCCGGAUGAAGUUCAUCAGAAGGAUCGAAGACAAUCUCCCAGCUGGUGAAGAGUGACCCUCAGCCCAAUCUUCCUUUGGGACUGGAGGGGACCAGCUGGGUUUGGCCAUUAGUUUUUGUCACAGAUCUGUAGGGAUCUAGUGCCCCUCAACACGCAGAAGGACUCACCACUGACUGUUUAAGAUGUUAUUAUAUUCUUCUACUAUUCCUUCCAUCUCCUGCAGAGGACAAUUGUCUGGUCGCCGUUUGUUCCACAGGUUCAUUCUGAAGCAUUUUCGUGGGUGAUGUCUUUUCAUAUUCCCCCGGGGACUCUUUCUAUGCUUAGUUUCUAAUUAUGAUGUUUGGUUGUGCAAGAACUACUGCUCAAAUCUGCAUCCAAAUUCUACUACCAGAGUUGGAGACCAAGCUGUUAAGAGCCCACUGAUUCACUGUUAAACACUGUCCUUAAAAGAGGGGUUAGAAUUCAUUCCAAGAUCAGCACGUGGUAUUUCUGUAGCCCAAGCUGGCUUCCUGCAUUUUGUUCUGGAGUUACUGGUAACACACAAGCUUGAUACAAAGAGGAUGCUGUGGGAGAGCUGGCACUGGGUGGGAGGCUCCUUUUCUCUGGGAGCAGCAGCAUCACACAGCACUGGCAGGUUCCAGAGGUCCACAUAUCCUCAUCCUUUGUGGUUUUUCUUCCCCAUCCAUCUCCUGAUUCCCUUCCUGGAAGGGCAGGACUGUCAUGGUGGAGAAAAGGAGAAAGAGGCUGAAGUGCCACCAGUGUUUGCAGUCUGUGCACAGCCCAGGGGCUGCCUGGCAAGUCCAGCAACA